CUCUUUUAAUUUCGUUCAAUUAUUUCUUUCUGAACUUAUUUUCAGGUGUACAUAUGUAUGCAUAAUUUUAUGUCUAAUUGUAAAUAGUUUCCUAGGAAACACUUCCGUAAUCUUUAAGCGUCAUUUACUUACAUUUCAUUUUGUGACUGCUUUUGAUUCAGAAACAGCUGUCUCGAAAAUGGCCUCAUGUUGGAUGAGAUUUCCAAUGUUUUCGCGAAGAUUUUCUCUUUUCUCUAGUGGGCUUGCUAAAAAAACGAUGGCAGACCCAGUUGAUCAUGCUACAGGCUUAGAAAAGAAAGAACUUUUGGCUCGUAUUUCCGGUAAUGAUAAUCCAUUUGAUCUGAGAGUACUUAAGAGAGGAUCAGGCUGCAGAGACUCUCCGAAUAUGAUUCCGUCUAGCUUUGAUGCUCGGUUGGUGGGCUGCGUUUGCGACGAAGAUUCCACAUCGCUCCAGUGGAUGUGGCUACACCAAGGCUGCCCGAGAAGAUGUGCCUGUGGCCAUUGGUUCCAGUUAACCUAUAAGCCUCCUCUCUAAUCGCCACUUAAUUUAUCUUUCAACCACUCUAACGAUAGUAUUAUAUGUUGUGAUAUUGAUAAUAUUUUUAAAUAUAAUUUCUGUUUGUAAGU